ACUGGAAGUCCAAUUCUCCAACCAGUCUACUGCUGGCCAGCCUGCUGACUUGUGCUGCCAUCAACAAAGCUUGCACAGCACAUCCGUCACAUCCAUCCCAAUCAACUCAUCAGCCCACACCCUCUUCCAGCAACCCACGCCGGCAGGCCAGCAUCAGGUGCUGCUUUAGACGUUCGUCCCAUUCCCUCCCCUUCCCGUCCGCACCAGCUUGUCACCGUUUACCACCCUCCACCACCUUCCUACGCACUCCAAGCCUGAACGUCAACUCCGCAGGCCUAAAACGCGCCGGUGCUCUUUUGUCCAGCCUUCAUUCGGCAUGGCGAGCAGGCAAGAAGUCGUGGUGGCGCGUCGACCGGAUGUACUGCGGGACGAAAUGCUCUGCCCCAUUCCCGCCGUCAACUGGAAGGAGGAGACGGGAUCGCGCCGGGUCAAGGAGCCAAACUCGGGGAUUCGCCCUGUGGUUGCUAACUCCGCCCAUCGCGUGCUGGACGGCGAAGCGUGUCCGAUUGCCCCGCAGGAUUGGCGCUCGCUAUCUCAAGGCGCAGCACCAGGCAGGAAAGCAGCGGUGGCGCGCAAGACCAAAAAGGCGACUACGAAGGCGGGUAUCGCGGCAGACGACGACGAGGGAACCGGCAGAGAAAGGGGAACAACCGCGGCGCAUGCCAGGAAAAUUUGCCGCACCACCGUGGAAACUAGUACUACUGGUAGUAAGCUCGCGCUGGCGCCCCUGACCAAAAUCGGAGUCCCCGCUUCAACCUUCGCCACCCCAACGUUCUUCGCGGCCUCGCAAUCCGUCGACUCCGCGCUCAUCAUGUCCCCGCGGCCGGCCACUGCCACGUCGACAUCUUCGUCCGCGUCAUCUGACAUCGGCGCGCCUUCAGGCACGUCGCGCUCCAGCAGCGGGAGCAGCGGGAGCAGCGGAAGCAGCCGCAGCAGCAGCUCCACCUCAUCCGAGGAGGUUCUGGAGGUCGCGGCGGUGCUCUCACAGCUCGACGCAAGCACGCACGAGGUGUCACUCGCGCCAUCGCCCGCGUUGUCGACGGCGUCCCCACGCGGCAAAAGCCUCCGUGCGCUAGCGCGUCACACGAGCGAGCUAUGCCCGAGUCGAGGGAGCUCCGAGCUAGCAGCUGGCAGCGAUACUACCCGCGCGAAUUGUGCACAAGACGAAAUCAAGCCUCUCGCUCCGGCGGCCGCAUAUCCAGUCGACUUGUCCUCGCGCGGUUCCACCUUCUCUGGUCUCAUCAAGUGCUCGCCCGCAGGUCCCUUGCUCUCGCCUCUCUUCCCAUCCUACGCCUCGUCCGCCGCCGCGUCUCGGGAGACUCUCGCUAGCAAGGGCGCCACUGCUACGGCUACUCUCUUUCCUUCAGCCGGCGAUCUCCUUGCGGCACACGCUGCGUUCAAUCCGGGGUCGUCGAGGGCCGCAGUGGAGCCGCCGCUGGUGGCGGCUCGGCGCGCAACUGCUGAUGGCGUGAAGCAGUUCCCCGUCUACCAGGCGCGGGACGUUUUCGCAGGAACCUCUCCGACCGAUCAAGCGGUCACAACGAGCGGCUGUGCCGACGGCACAGCCGGGGACGGGACGGCGAACAGAAGGCGCAGGCGGUUCUCUGAGACUUCGAGUCGCGAAGAGGCGAUUCGCGCGGGAAUCGAGAUGGGCAUGGUGAUGGGCGUGGGCGUGGAGAUCGGGCAGCGCUGCCGCGACACAACGAGCAAGGGCACUGCGGAAGCUGGCGAUCGCAAUGCUGCUGCAGUGAGCUGCGCGGAUUGGUCUGAGCUGAGCCAUCUGUGCGGCAGGAUGGACGCAGCGGGGAUCCGCAUCGAGCAAAUCGACCUUACAACACUCGGUGACACCGUCGACGACAUCGCCAUCUGGUAGUUUCAUUAUGCCGUCGACCCCGGGGCAAAAAAGGCUUAUUUCCCGUCUCUCUUCCGUCCAUUCUUUACCUACCACUGCCUGCACCUCCCUGUCUGCCGAUGUUUCUGUCACACUCCCCAUGUACCUCAACCACUGAACACUGUUGAAUGUCUAGGACUUACCCUUUCUAAUCUGUGUGAAUACGUUUUGUUCCUUUCGUGUCCAAUGCUUAUUUGCAAGAGUCCAAUAAACAAGCGUUGCACCAAGUGACAGCUCCGUUUCUUAUCUGAUGCACCUGCCAAAUUGACAAGGAAAGCAGGCUACACCGCUCUCUGAGGAACAGGGGCUAGUGUACGAACUUCUAGUGCGUCGGGCCAUGGGGAACAGCAUCAAGGGACGGUCUGUCAGUCAUGAAUCGGCCUCUCAGGCACGUCCCUGAGGGCUCCUUCAGGGUGCCCCGCGAACUGCGCCCCUUCGUACGCCUGCUCUGCUCGGGCCUUGCCUCCCUUGCGCCCCAUCUCCGCAUAGUCCUCAUGGGUCAUCUGCGCUUUGCGCGCCUCGCCGCCCUUCUUGCCGCCCUCUACUAUCUUCUCGUAAGCCUUCUCUGCCUGCUCCUGAGUUUGACCCAGCUGCGGACCCGUCUUGAGCUCUUCCCUGCGCGACGCCAUGGCCCAACUCUGUGGUACAGUAGUACUGUGACGAAUGAAAAGUAGACAAUUCUGUAGGCAUACACUUCGUAGCUGGUAGCAGGGGAUUUGUAGAGCAGCAAGUGAAUUGGGUAUUUCAAGCAAUGCGGGUGGGGACAGAAACAGGAUUGAGGAAUCGGAGCGCCGCAUAUUUUGACUUCAAGGCGGCUCGAUGGACACCAUGACACGUCGCGGCAGCGGUGGCGAGGCACAAGUGGG